ACUCCAGGUGUAGCAGCUGAAAUCUGUGUGACUGUUAAAGAUGGAGUUUAUUAAAGAGGAGAUUGAAGACAUGAGUGAUCCAGAACCAUCCAGAAUAAAACAUGAAGAAACUGAGGAACAAACAGAAGACCAGAAGAAAGUGACAGAGCAAAUACACAAACUAAAUGAUGUAAAGAAACACGAUGACUUCAAAACUCAAGAAACAGAAGACAAAAAGCUGCACACCUGCUCACAGUGUGGAAAGAGUUUCCAAAAUAAAGGAAACCUUAAUAGACACAUGAGAGUUCACACUGGAGAGAAACCGUAUACAUGCACUCAGUGUGGAAGGAGUUUUUCUCAAUCAUCAGGUCUCAGUUACCAUCUGCUCUGUCACUCUGGAGAAAAACUAUUUAACUGUGAUCAGUGUGGUAAAGAUUUUAUUAUGUCAUCAGAUCUAAAAAAACACCUCAAAGUUCAUUCAGAUGAGAAGCCUUAUGUGUGUUUUUUCUGUGGAAAGAGUUUUUCAAGGCUGGAUAAGUUUAAACUCCACCAGAAAACACACAACGAAGUGAGAGAUCAUGUGUGUUAUGACUGUGGGAAGAGCUUUACUACAUCUAGUCAUCUGAAACAGCACCAAAGAAUUCAUACUGGAGAAAAACCUUACAAGUGCUCAUAUUGUGACAAGAGUUUCACUCAGUCUGGACACAUGAAAUCACAUGAGCGACUUCAUACUGGAGAGAAGUCGUACUACUGUACUCAUUGUGGAGAGAGUUUCAAAGAGGCAAUAGGCUUAAAAAAUCAUCUGUUUAUUCACUCUGGAGAAAAGCCAUUUAACUGCGAUCAGUGUGGUAAAGAAUUUAAUUUGUCAUCAAAUCUAAAACAACACCUGAAAGUUCAUUCAGAUCAUAAGCCUUAUGUGUGUUCUCUCUGUGGAAAGAGUUUUUCAUGGAUGAACUGUUUUAAACGGCACCAGAAAUCACAUGAUGAAGUGAGAGAUCAUGUGUGCUUUGACUGUGGGAAGAGCUUUACUACAACCAGUGAACUGAAACAGCACCACAGAAUUCAUACUGGAGAAAGACCUUACAAGUGCUCAUAUUGUGACAAGAGUUUUGCUCAGUCUGGAAAUCUGAAAUCACAUGAGCGAAUUCAUACUGGAGAAAAGCCGUAUCACUGUACUCAGUGUGAAUGAAGCUCCUCCCACAACAAUUCACCAAUAAAUACUGGGAAUAUUCACAUCAUCCUACAAGAGAAGGACAAACUCCAGGUGUAGCAGCUGAAAUCUGUGUGACUGUUAAAGAUGGAGUUUAUUAAAGAGGAGAUUGAAGACAUGAGUGAUCCAGAACCAUCCAGAAUAAAACAUGAAGAUACUGAGGAACAAA